GUGAAGAAACCUCUGCGAUCCAUGCACUGCCAUGCUUGCAAAUCCUGUGUGGCUAAAUUUGACCAUCACUGUGUAUGGACUGGACGGUGUAUUGGUGCCGGUAAUCAACAUUUCUUUGUGCUAUUCCUGUUUUCUUUAGUAUUAGUCGGUUACUGGAUAAUAUAUGCAACUUCCAUAUACUGGAGAGAUCAUUGCGUCACACACAAAGGUGGAAUCUUAGAUUUCUUGAUGGAGGUUCUUAAUUGUUCCCCUUGGAUUGUAUAUAUGUUUGUCAUUACAUGCUGCCUUACAAUCUGGGCUACGCUUAUGUUCCUAAUGCAGAUGUUUCAGAUUGUUUUCCUGGGUCUUACAACUCAAGAACGAGUAUCCAUCCAAAUACAGAACAGACAAAGCAAGAAUAAAGUGUCACUCCGAAAAACACCUUUUAACCGUGGCUGCAUUCAGAAUCUUGCAGAGUUCUUCAAUUGCCAAUGUUUUGGGCUUAUCAAAACUAACCGAGUGGACUGGACCAAGCAAUACCACACUGCAAUGAAUCUUUCUAUGAUGAGGAAUGCGCAAGCUGUGUAAAGAAUGGCUGUCUGGUGGACAUGUGCUGUUUUCGCAGAAUGGCAACAUUGCACUAAACUUCAACCACUUGGCAGUGAAGAGGUUAAGGACCCACCUGUUAUUUAGGUAUACUUACCAUUCUAUAAGUCUAUAAAAUAUAUUUAGUGUCAUAAAUUAUAUGAAUUUGGCUAGAUUUUACAAAACUAUAGGCCACCUUUUUAAAGUCAUUCUAAACUAGUCACAAUAAAACAAGCAGUAGUGUAAAAAGGACAGGAAAAAACAACGUAAACUUCUAAAAAGAAAAAAAAAGAAAUAACUAAAGGUACAUUCUAGAGUAAAAGUAAAAUUAUAUGAUUCCUUAGAGCAUGUUAUUUUUUUAUGAAAAAAUCCUUUGUUUGUGCUUUUAUCCCCUGCAAAGCGAUAAAUAGUCAUAGUUACUUUCUAGCAACACCCCCAUGCUACCCCCAAAUAAAGAUGUGCCUCUUGAUUGGAUCAUACCCACAUAUGCUUACACUCCAUUGGCAUACUGGCUGUAUUCGUUUUUUGGAACAGUACAGGAGCAAAUCCGGUGCUCUUUGACUAUAAGUUUAACCUUUUUUGUACUUAAAAAAAAAAAAAAAAUUCAAACCUAUUGUGUCUUGGCAGCUGUAUCUCUUAACCCCUUAACGAUACAGACAUACUCUGUACAUCUCACAUCCGUAAGGGGUUUUUGUUCCUGUAAAAACACGGGUCACGACGAAAGCAAUGAGACGCUAUUGCAACAUGACACUCCUGGUGGCAUCAGGCUUUAGAGCGGUCUCGUUGCCAUCAAUGGAAAAUGAAAAAUCAGCUGUCAUUGAGGGGUUAAAGGAAUAUGAACUCACCUGUUUGUAUAAUACUGAGUAGUGUAAUUUGUUUAAGAGGUUAAAUACUAAUGCAAUGAAUUUUGGUUAAAAUAGCCCCCUAUAUAUCCCUUCCUUUACAAUACCACUCCUCUGCCCCCUUUUCUUCCACUCAAAACCCUUACAAUAGGUCCUGAGUGAAGGCGGUGGUAGUGCGCACCUUCUAUUGCAAAAGUAGCAGAAUCGAGGGCCAGUAGGGUAAAUGCGGGUGAACGAGGAGCUGUUUUUACUAAAAUUAAUUUCAUUAUCCUAUGAAAUCCUCUUAAACAAACUAAAUGAGUCUACAUUAUACAAUCAGGAACUUCUUACAUGAUGAGUUUUGUGUCUCUUUGUAAAUCUCAGUAGCUGAUCGAAGUUACUGACACCUUUUGUGCGUUACACUAUUUGAGCUCUGUACCUACAAGUAGCUGACAUUUAACAUAGAUUUGUGGAUAAGGUACUUGCAUACAGUUUACAUUAUAAAUUGUAGACUUAAAAUGUGAUUGUAUAUAGAGAUUUUGUUUUUAGAAACUAAUUUUGCAGCUAUAGCACUGAUGCACUGCUAGAACAGUCAUAGCUUGCCAAUUUGUUUGACAUAUCCCAUCGUCAAUUAUUCUAAACUAAAUUAUUUGUACACACAAUUAGACAGUGAAGGCAUAAACUGGUCAACUAUUAAGCUUUUCAGUAAAUGCAAUGUACAGGACUAUUCCUUGGUGUGUAUACUGAUUUUUAUUUUUUUAUUGGAAAUAUUCGAUUUUUCAUAAUAGUGACUAUAGAAAUGUAAAAUACAAAAUCAAAUUAAAAAUACUUGUUUGAUUGUGUUUUGUUAUUGUUUUUUUAGAUGUUUAUUAUUUUAAAAAAAAUGGAAUCCUUAAUUCUUUCAAAAUGUUUUCAUUAACCGUUAUGGUUCAGAUAAAAUUGAAUUCCCAGGAACUUAAAGGGCCAUUAUAGUGGAAAAUGGAAAAACUAUACUCUCUAAUUCGUUAACACCAGUGACCAGCAGUCGUCCUGAGUUAGCGGGACUGUAACUGCACAUAACAUCAUAGGGUCGCUAGUGUUAAAAUUAGAGCAUAUAAUUUAGUUAUUUUACUAUAAUGUCCCUUUAAAGAGGCAGUUGGUGCUUUAAAGCGACAUGAAACUCAAGAUUUAAUUUCCUGUAAAUUGUUUAAUUAAGAAAAAUAAAACAUUCCAACAUACAUUCAGCAUUUAUUUUGCCUACUUUUGCUAUAAAGUUUCUCUGAAAAAAGUGUGUUUUACCUUCGCUUACAUCAUUCUACACAGUGAUUGGUUAGCUCAGAUAACAUGCUCAUUUGCAUCUGUUUUUAAUUGACCACAAGAAGUCCAGGAACAUGGAUUUCACCAGGCCUUUUUAAGAGGAGUAUACCUGAACCACUCUUGAUUUGCAAAACCUUGUAGAUUGGACUAACGUACUAACAUGAAUGAUGUAAAAAAAAAAAAAAUAUUUUGCAAUGCAGUGCUUUUCUGAUUAUAUAUGCUAUGAGUUUGAUGUCCCUUAAAAAAAAAAAAAAGAUGUUUACGUUUAUGCUCGAUGGUACUAUUCAAAGUUACCUUGCAACGCUCUAUAUCCUACAUUAGGGUUCACAAAUAUAAACUCCUUAGCUGAUAGAAAGCUAAACCACACUGUAUAGCAGCCAAGGAGAUAUGGUAUGAAUAAUUUAUUUAAAACAUUUUUCUGUUAUAUUUUUCCCUUUUUUUUUGGCUGUCCCUCUUUUGAAUUUUGAAAUGUUGGGAGGUAUGCACAUGCUCAGUAGGAAUUGGUGCCUCAGAAAGUGUGCAUAUUAAAUGACUGCACAAUAAGAUAAUGGUAGUAAAUUGGGGGAAAAAUAUUUUUAGAUUGGGUGUUAUUUAAUUUUAAUUUCUACGUCCCUUUAAGCACUAUGUGGGAAACUAAGAGAAAAGGUUAAAUUUGAAAACAGAAGUAAAUUGGAAUGUUUUUUUAUUUGUACUCUAUGUAGAUUGCACGAUUAUAAACAUUUAAUUUGAGUUUCAUGGCCCUUUAAAAUUAAACAAAUGCCUGUACUAUGUAAUUUACCCUUAUUUGAAGAGGGCAAAUUUUGCUGCCUGUAUUUUUCAAUGUUUGAUCAUUUCUGUGCAAGAGUUCCGGGAUACAGCCCUAAGGAUUUAAUUUUAUUUCUGCUUUUAUAAAUACUCAUUUACGUUGGAUGGGAACGCUGAGUCCAAAUAACUUUGGCUUUAAAAUGUUGCUUAUUAUUAUUUGUAAGUUUGUAUAAUGUUUUUAACUCCUGAUGUAAUGAACAGACCCAAUUCUCCUUUUGUUACAGAAUGGUUGCAAUGAAAUCUUAUCUUCCUUCUUUUAAAUUAUUAGUUUUAUUGUGAACAGUAUAAAUUAUUGUGUUUUUUAAUAAAUGAAAGUCUUGUAUCUCUGCUUUUUUAAUAAAUUAUUUCUGAAACCUUAA